AUGAGUCAGGGAGAGGAAACAUCUUUAGAACUUCGAAAUAUGAUUGUAAGAAUGAAAUGUGAAAAGAAAUCUUUUGCAGAAAUUGUAAAAAAAAGUCGGUCAACUGUUCAAACAAUCUACAGAAAUUAUGUUAUGCGUGUAAAUGUGCUUAACAAAUAUCGAUGUGGUCGUCCAAGGAAGCUUAAUGAUCGUGAUGCAGGAACCAUAGUAAGAAAAGUGAAGAAAAAUCCGAAAACUCCAAAAUUAGCGAAUCAAAUUGCAGCAGCUACAGGAAAGAAAGUGCAUCCAGAAACUGUUUGUAGAAUUCUUCGAUCAGCCGGCUACAAUGUUAGAGUUUCUAGACGAAAGCCGUUCAUUUCAUCUACUAACAAACAAAAGAGACUUGAUUUUGCUUCUGCACAUAUUGACCAAGAUUUUAAUUUUUGGAAAACAGUUGUUUUUUACAGACGAGAGUAA